GACCUUUGUAAGUUCAAUGACUUCUGGGUUGAGUUUAGAGGUUAAGCUGCAUAAAACAGCGAGUUUCUCUCUCUCUUUCUAUCACUUCCCUUUUCUGUCGAAACGUGGCUGCUGUCGCUGUGAAGGAGAACAGCUGUUUACCACCGCUCUUCAUCCACUCUUCAUCAGCUCUUCAUCCACUCUUCAUCAGCUCUUCAUCAGCUCUUCUCUCCACCGCAGCAGCAGCAGAGCGACUGUGUUCCACCUGCUAAUGGCCUCCUGGUGGCAGAGCUGCAGUAUUGCAGCGUUACUGCUCGCGGUUCUGGUGAACCCGGUCUGGACUCAGACCUCCUGCAGCGGCAGAACUGCAGGGGUUCCUGGGAUACCGGGAACUCAUGGGUCCAACGGCAGAGACGGACCCAAGGGAGAGAAGGGAGACCCAGGAGAGUCACCAGAGUCUGUGAGUGGCCACAAGGGGGAGACAGGUCUGCAGGGCCCACCAGGCCGGCCUGGGAUAAGGGGGGAUGUGGGUCUGCCGGGGCUCCAAGGACCUCCAGGCGAGCCGGGGGAGAAGGGACAAUCCUCCACCUCUCUGGCCCAAGAGAAACCUUUCUUCUCCCGGAGUCUUCUGACAUCAGAGAUUCCACAGAUCGACACAGACAUCGGCUUCAGCGGGCAGAUUCUCCCUGACCUGGAUCCUCAGUUUCACGGACUCUCGCUGACACACGGAAUGUUCACGUGUCUCAUCAAAGGCGUCUAUUUCUUCAGUUACCACAUUUUAGCCAAGAGCAGAGUGUGUCUGAAUCUGAAGAGGGGUACCGAGCUUCACCUGGCGCAGUGCGACCAUUCGGACGGUUUUCUGGUCACGUCGGGCUCGGCGGUCCUGGAGCUGGAGGCGGGAGACACGGUCUCGCUGCAGGCGACCCGGUUUAACAGCAUCGUGACACGCCUCCGCCACACUGGCCACACCUUCACUGGCUUCCUGAUCUUCAGCACGGCCUGAAGUCUCGGCUCCUCCUCCACUGGGGUUUUUGGUACACCAGCAGAAAGGAUUGGCGCUGACUCAGCGGGGGCGUGUUGCUUGUUUAAUCCACAGACUAUAAAUAAAGCAGGAUGUAGUCUCUCGUUUGCAAUAAAGAAAUAACUCAUGU